ACGCGUGGACGUCAAGUCUGCACAUGUAUUCCAUUGGUCUAAAAUGCGGAAGUUUUCGAAAUCACAAAUUUACAAACUACAGUUGAUGAAACACUCUGUUUGUGUGUUAUAUGUAGAUCGUUGCUCGCAGUGUAUUGCGCCAUGUAACCCGGACGCAGUUUCAAGUGCUCAAGUAACCUAGCAUAACAGAGUUAGCUUAGCAUAGUUAGUGUUUAAAGCCGCUGGUUGUUAAGCUUGUGUUUCUGCAGUAUAUGAGGCGUUCAGGUCCGGACACCUGGACGUAAUAAAGACAUAAAGUGGGCACUUGUGGUGUUUUUUUUAUUCCAACACGAUAACAAAACGCUUCGAUGUAGAUGAAGAGAGAGAGAGAGAGAGAGAGAGUGCGAGAGAGACAGGUGUGAAGAUGCUGUUGCCCAUAGCGAUGCUGAUGCUCUCACUCACUCAGAUCUUCAUCAUCACCUUCAUCAGCCUGCUGCCUGUGGAGGCCGACAUCACAGCAUACUCGGCUGAUAAUCAAACAGAGACAUUUGACGAUGCUCCUGCUCGGUUUGGAUACAGAUUGCCCAACCAGGGCCUGAAGGGUUUCCUGAUUGGUGCACGGCCUGAGAAUGGAUGUGUGCCAAUUGAUCCUCCACCAAUCAGAGAUAACUCCAGCAGCAGCAGCUUCAUCGUCCUCAUCAAACGAUACCACUGCAAUUUCGACAUCAAGGUCCUGAAUGCUCAGAGAGCAGGUUACAUUGCUGCCAUUGUUCACAAUGUAGAUUCAGAGGAGCUCGUCAACAUGGGAUCUGAUGACUUGGAAGUGGUGAAGCAGAUCAACAUCCCGUCUGUGUUUGUCGGAGAAAAGGUUUCUAAGUCUUUAAUGGAGGAGUACAGCUACGAGCGAGGAGGUUAUGUAAUCCUGAUGCCUGAUUUCAGUUUGCCGUUGGAAUAUUACUUGAUCCCGUUCCUCAUCAUCGUGGGAAUCUGUCUUAUUCUCAUUGUGGUCUUUAUGAUCACAAAGUUUGUUCAGGACCGACGCCGAUCCCGACGGAGCCGACUGCGCAAGGACCAACUGAAGAAACUCCCCAUCCACAAAUACAAAAAAGGUGAUGUCUAUGACGUUUGUGCAAUCUGUCUGGAUGAGUAUGAGGAGGGGGAGAAGCUGCGCGUGCUGCCCUGUUCACACGCAUAUCACUGCAAGUGUGUGGACCCGUGGCUAACGAAGACAAAGAGGACGUGCCCGGUAUGUAAGCAGAAGGUGGUUCUGGCCGGUUCGGAAUCGGACUCGGACUCGGACAGCGGGGGAGACGAGAGUGAUGAGGUUUCUGAAAGCACGCCACUGCUGCGUCCACAACCUCCCGCCCGAAUCCGCACCCCAUCUCUCGCCAGCACACACUCCGCCUCCACCAGCCACCCUGACUGCUCUGACUCCGACUCCGACUCCACCGAGGAAGAGGUUGAAGGUGAGGUGGUCACCGUGGAAACAGUUGUGGUGUUGCAGCAGGAACGACCCGAUGAUGACCUCAUCAAUGCCUAAAGACAAGCCAGUCGGACUGCUAAUCAAUCUGCAGUGACAGUAUAGCUCAUCUACACACACACACACACACACACACUCACAGAGUUGUUUAUGAUGGUACAGUUUAUGAUUUUAUCACAAAUGUAGAGUGAUGGUGGUUUGAAUGUCAUCUCUGAGAAAGACACACACUCAGCUUUACAUUUAUCCAAAAUAUGGAUGUAACAGACUUUAUGACUACCUAAAAAUUAUGCCUACGUAGGAUCCCUCCUCCCAAAUGAAACCUAUUCUAAAGCGCCGAUGAUGAAUGUGACUGUGUAUCGUUUAACUGACUUUCGGCGCACCCGUGUCUUCUGUAGCACCUUUUUAUUAACCUCAUUUCCCUUUAUAGGAGUUUUAAUCUUCUUGAUUUUGUUGAAUUUGUUUUUUUGCCAAAACUGUAGUCAGUGUUGCUUUUCUGUGUACAGUGAAGCCAAACGUGUUUUGUUUUUUUGAUCAUGCCACAUUUAAAACCAUUUGAUUUAAUUUGUUUUGGACUGAAAUUCUGAUGAAUGCAUGAUCAGCGCUCACACUCCGCAUUGUUCAGUUGGUCAGUGUGUGUUUUUAGUGUUCUGUCUUUGUGACGGUUACACACUCGCUGCCUUUCCCAGCUUCACUUGUUCACUUUAUUUUUCCGUACAGAUGAAUUUAAUUUCAACUUCAAUAAAUCAAUUCUUUUGUAGAAGUUGUACCAUCACACACAGGCACACACACAAUUAAAUUCUACAGGGUGUUCUAAAAGUCUCCAUACAUAUGGGACUAUGUUUGCGAAUGUCCACUUCUCGCUUCUUUUUGAAUUUUUAAUAAGUUCGACAGCAGUGUCGUGUGUGAUGUGCUUGCCAUGUUACAUGUUAAAGUCCAUCGCAACCUUAAAGACUCAAACAAUUUAUAUAAUAUAAACUAAGUAUGAAGAAUUUUGCUAAAAACUGUUAAUUUUGGGACACCCUGUGCUUUAUCUAUUGUCAGGAAUAGGCUCCUCAUAAAGGAGCAUUCGAAAUCCGCAUGUACAUUUAGAUCCCUAAUGCACAAGCCAGAGGUGACUGUGACGAGAAAACUCCCUGAGACGACUUGUGUAUUAUUAUUAUUAUUAUUAUUAUUAUUAUUAUUACAUGUCAAAACAUGACCUGAAUGUAGUAGUUCUGCGUAUAUUUGAGGGAACAUCUUAGUAACAAUGGCACCCAAAUAUUCUAACUCGCACACGGUCAACCUAGGCCAACAAACAACGAACCUUGUAGAAAUUGAUGGUCGUGUAAUGCACCGCCUGUUUAAUGUGAAUUAUUAAAAUAUUUGUUUUGAACAAUAGAAAAUGAAUGAAUUCGGUCUUGGGUCUGAGCCAGUCAGAUAUUAAAUUGAGCUUGAACAUGUGCUGGCGUGUUCUUUGCAGGCCACUGAAUCUGCGUGAGGUUUUGUUCUGUUUGUUGGUCUUAUGCAUGGUGAGACUCAAAUCAUUCCCUGAACAUCCAGACUGGACUGUCUGAUCACUUAUUGCAGUGGUGGGAACGUGGGAACCCUGAAGCACUGUCCAUAAUAUAUAUAUAUAUAUAUAUAUAUAUAUAUAUAUAUAUAUAUAUAUAUAUAUAUAUAUAUAUAUAUAUAUAUAUAUUUAUAGUUACAGCUGUAGAAAUCACAACUCACCUUUAUCCAAGUUAUUUUAUUUCUGCUAGAAUUCUAGUAGUUAUUAUAGCUGUUUGACUGCUCACUUGAGUAGAAUGGGGUUAAUCCAAACCACAAAAACAAGCCAGACUACAAAUAAGUUUUAUCCGAGUCGUCCUGGGAAUUUAUUUUACAGUUACAGCUUAGUCAAGGUUCUCCGUCUCGGGGUUCUCAUGAAGUCUUUGGUCACUGUGUACUUUGUAAUGGGGGACCCUAUGAGGGUCGAGACGAUGAAAUUUGUCCCCUGAGUUCCAUGUUUCUUGGCAGACAAGUUCUCAAGUCAGACCAUCAAAAGUUGGGGAAAAUGUAAAAAAUUUAAAUCCCUUUCACACCAUUGAAAUUUAUUAGUGGCAGACAUGGUGGUGCUACGUUCUCACAGUCUUCUCACAGUCCCAGGGUUCCCAGUUCCAUCUUGAGUUCGGUUUACUGUCUGUGUGGAGUUUCACGUGAAUACUAAUCACUAAUUUUUCAGGCGAAACUGUCAACCUUGGACCGAGACUGGUCAGGUGGGUUGCAUGUCUAUAGACCAAUGCCUUGCAGAUUUUUAACCAUUAUUCACUGAUGUUCAUUUCAGAGAUCGCUGUAUGAGUCACAUUGUUUUUAUUGAACAGCAUUCUCAUGUAUUCAAAAAAGAAAAUCCUAAUCACUUAAUGAUCUAACCUGAAUUCUAAGUGGAAUAAAUAGGAAAUAGAAAAAAAAAA